AUGGCUUCUUUGAAUAUUCUUCUCAUCGGUAAUGGUGGCAGAGAACAUGCUCUGGCAUGGAAACUCAACCAAUCCAAGCUUGUCAACAAGAUCUAUGUUGCUCCAGGAAAUGGUGGUACUGGUAAUGGCCAGCUUUCUAAGGUCGAGAACAUUGCCAUUGGAUCGAGUAAACAGGAUUUCGAGAAGCUGGUUGAGUUUGCUGUGAAGAAUGACGUGAACCUCGUGGUUCCUGGUCCUGAACAGCCUUUGGUUGAAGGUAUUGAGGGUUACUUCCGUAAAGUGGGUAUUCCUGUAUUUGGUCCUUCUGAAAAGGCUGCUCGUAUGGAAGGUUCUAAGACGUUCUCCAAGGAUUUUAUGGCUAAACACAAGAUUCCUACUGCUGAGUUCGAGAAUUUCACUGAUUUCGACAAAGCCAAGGCAUAUGUUGAGUCUGUUAACCACAAUGUCGUUAUCAAGGCUUCAGGUCUUGCUGCUGGUAAGGGUGUUCUUAUGCCCACUACAAAAGAAGAGGCUUAUAAGGCUCUUGAACAAGUCAUGAAGGACAAGGAAUUUGGCGAUGCUGGUGAUGAAGUUGUUGUUGAGGAAUGUCUGGAAGGAGACGAGUUGUCCAUUUUGGCAUUCAGUGAUGGAUAUACAGUUAUUGAUUUACCAGCUGCUCAAGAUCACAAGCGAAUUGGUGAGGCCGAUACUGGUUUAAACACUGGAGGUAUGGGUGCUUACUCGCCCACUCCAAUUGCUACUCCAGAGCUUAUUGACGAGAUCAGAGAGACCAUUCUUAAACCUACCGUCACCGGCAUGAGAAGAGAUGGCAUCCCAUUUGUGGGUAUGUUGUUCACUGGUAUCAUGCUUACCAAGACAGGACCCAAGGUUCUUGAGUAUAAUGUUCGAUUCGGUGAUCCAGAGACUCAAACUGUGUUACCAUUACUUUCUGAAGAUACUGAUUUGGCAGAGGUAUUCCUUGCCUGUGCUGAACACCGACUUGACUCGGUCACUUUAAAGGUUAAUCCUGGAUUUGCCACUACUGUUGUUCUUUCUGCUGGUGGAUAUCCAUCUAGCUAUGAAAAGGGUGAUGAAAUCACUGUUGGCGAGGUUGCGAAAGAUACUUUUGUUUUCCAUGCUGGUACUUCUACCAAGGAUGGUAAGAUUGUUACUUCUGGAGGAAGAGUAAUUGCCUCGUCUGCUGUUGCUCCUACCUUGAAAGAAGCUGUACAAAAGGCUUAUGAAGGUGUUGAAAAGAUCCAAUUUAAGAACAGAUACUUCCGUCGUGAUAUUGCUCAUCGUGCUUUCCGCGAUGCCAGCAAAUCUUCUGCUGCUAAUUCUACCAGUAUCACUUAUGAACAAGCUGGUGUGUCUGUUGACCAAGGAAACAAGUUUGUUGAAGAGAUCAAAGCCAAGGUGAAGUCUACUCGUCGUCCUGGUGCUGAUGCUGAUAUUGGUGGAUUCGGCGGUUUAUUCGACCUUAAGGCCACUGGGUUCCGUGACCCUCUAUUGGUAGGAGCCACUGAUGGUGUUGGUACCAAGCUCAAAAUCGCUCAAACCUUGGGUAUCCACGAUACCGUUGGUAUUGAUCUUGUCGGUAUGAACGUCAAUGAUUUGGUUGUUCAAGGAGCCGAACCUUUGAUCUUCUUGGACUACUUUGCCAGUGGAAAGCUCAACAUUGAGACUGCUGCUGCUUUUGUCAGUGGUGUUGCCGAGGGAUGUAUUCAAGCCGGUUGUGCUCUUGUUGGUGGUGAGACUGCCGAGAUGCCUGGUCUUUACCACGGAGACGAUUAUGACGUUAACGGUACUUCUAUCGGUGCUGUUGAGCGUGAUGCUAUUCUUCCCCGUUUGGAUGACCUCGCUGUUGGUGAUGUUGUUCUUGGUAUCGCUUCUCACGGUCCUCACUCGAAUGGAUUCUCGCUUAUCAGAAAGAUUCUCGAGGUUUCCAAACUCCAGUACACCGACAAGGCUCCUUGGGACCCCUCUACCACUGUCGGCAAGAGUUUGUUGACCCCCACCCGCAUCUACGUUAAAUCUCUACUACCCAUCAUCAAGCAAAAGAAGAUCAUUGCUUUGGCUCACAUCACUGGUGGUGGUCUCGUUGAGAACGUGCCCCGAGUUCUCCCUAAACACUUGAAUGCCGAGAUCGAUGGUUCUUCUUGGGAAAUUCCUGCUGUCUUCCAAUGGCUUGGAAAGGCUGGUAACGUUCCUGUCUCGGACAUCUCCAAGACCCUGAACAUGGGUAUUGGUAUGGUCGUCAUUGUCAAAAAGGAAGACGCCGCUUCUGUGCUUAGCCAGCUUAACGAGGCCGGUGAGAAGGCCUAUAGCAUCGGUUCCAUCGUCUCUGGUGAACAAAAGUGUGUUCUCAAGAAUACCUCCAACUGGUACUAA